AUGAGAUGUGUUUUCUACAUUAUAACUUCUGCAAUUGCUUUCCACAUUACUUUUCAAGCUUUGUCUACAGCUCAUGAAACGGGAAAAUCAUUUCAAACAGCAGGAUGCAGCUAUGUUACAAAAUAUUGCAAUUCGUCCUUGGACGAUCUUGACAGAAAUAGACUCUUCUCUUCAACUACCGUCAACUGCUCAGCACGAAAUCUGACAGAUUUCCCAACACACUUGCCCAGCACAACUACUGAACUAGUGCUGAGUUACAACAAAAUUUCAGAGAUAAAUAUGGACGAAAUGAAAAGUGUUCCAUAUCUCAAAGAACUUUCGAUUGAAGAAAAUAACUUUUCUUUUAUCAGCUUCGGAGUUUUUGAAAACAACUUCAUGUUAGAAUCACUAAAUGUGGGAGGUAACUACAUGGUUGAUCUUUCGCCCGGAAUAUUUCAAGGUCUGAGGAACCUGAUGAAGCUGUAUCUUUAUCGAAAUCAGAUUUUUCGAUUAAAAAAGAGAACGUUCCAGUAUUUAUUAUCGCUUAAUGAGCUUUAUUUGAACGGUAAUGAAAUUUUUAUGAUUGAAAAAGAAGCGUUCCAUGGGCUAAAUCAUUUGUCAUUACUUGACUUGUCAAAUAACAAGCUUACAAAAAUCUCAGGGGAGAGUUUUGGGAGACUUGCAUCUCUGCAGAAAUUGAAUCUUGGCUACAACCAAGUUAACCGCAUUCAAUACAGAUCAUUCUUUAAUUUGACGAAUUUGAAAGCUUUUGUUAUCAGCCACAACAACUUGACUACAGUUCCGAGAGCUUUAACCUUUCCGAGAGGAGUAGAACACCUUGAUCUCAGUGUAAAUCCCAUUGAGUUCAUUCCCAUGGAGGCUUUUGCACGACUGCACUUGUUAGAAAUCCUAAAUCUGAGUUUUUCGAAAGUACGAGUGUUUCAUGGGAAUCACCUAAAGAAACUUCUGCCUCGUCUGAGACUGUUUGUUCACGAUAACCCAAUGGAUUGUACGUGUGACUUGCGAUGGUUAAAACAAUGGUUUGAAGGUGACAUAUUAAGAAGCAGUGAAAUACGCAACUUGCCCCUUGUUAAGUGUGAAUAUCCUAAGUCGCUGACCGGAAAAUCUAUCAUGACCGUAAACAUCGCAGACAUGGAUUGUUCAUGUGAAUAUUGCCAAAAGUCCUCGAAGUGUUCUGCUGGUAGGAAUACAUGCAAUUGCAAAGUUGAUAGUCGGGCAGGGCACCUGGAAACCUGUCAAUCCAUCGUCGCCAGUAGCAAUGCGUCUUCCGAACUAAUGUGUAGUUUUUCUCAAGGGAAAUGCUUUUGCUCCAACAUGUCUGAGGUUUGUGAAAACAAUGCUUACCUGACAUAUGCAAACUGUUAUUCACCUGAUUGUGUGUGCAAACCCGGUUACCACGGCAACGGAUUUCUUAACUGUACAGAUGUUGACGAGUGCCACCAAGAACAUAAUCUAUGCCAUAAGAACGCUGGCUGUAUAAACACGGAAGGCUCGUAUCAAUGCGUUUGUCGUAAUGGUUACCAAGGUAACGGAACUGUAUGUGAUUCCAUGAAACAUAAAACAGUAGUUGCCAUAGUAACUACCUCGGUGUCCAUGGUGAUAUUUGUUGUUCUCAUUAGCACGCUGAUAUUUUGUAUUUUUCCCAAACGACGUGCGAUUCCCCGGGAAGAAAGGGAAUAUCCUCCAACUGGCAGAAAGAAAAAGAAGAAACAGUCUACCAAGAGAUAUGUUGACCUCUAUAAAAUUCGCCAACUGAGCUUUACUAAUACUGUUUUCAGACAAGGUAAGACUUUCACAAGAUUGUAAAGAAAACGUAUCAGAUUCCGUUACCAUUUGCAAUUCGGUUUUGGUUCUGAAUCUGAAAUUGAAGGGCUUCAGAACAGCACAUUCAGCAGGUCAGUGUAAAUUCCCUCGGUUUCAGUGCUUUAAAUAUGGAUAUAAAGAGUAGGGGACGUCGUCUUCGGAAUGCAUGGUGGUCAUCUCAAAUUCACAAUCACAUAUGGUAAGGAGGCAUCAUCCCUUCCGUUACUAGUAAACUAAGACCCCUAAAGGGUAUUCUAAGUUACCCCUGAAAAGCCCUGAGGAAUUGCCCUUAGUGAGUGGAUGAUAAGAUAUUUAAAAUGUACAAUUUCCAAUUACAAGAAUUGUUUAGAAGUCAAAUCACCAGACAUUUGAAUAUUAACUUUUCAGAACUGGAGUCAUCGGUCUAUGGAGAUGAUUGGGAAAUCCCCCGAAAGAAACUGCGCCUGAUCAGAGCCAUCGGGGAAGGAGCUUUUGGGGUGGUGAUGGAAGGAACUUUAGAUACAGGUAUGGACCAUAGGAAACAGCACUGUCGCAAUAAACAAUCGAUGAUUACUCCUGAAGCCAGAACUCCAGCCUGUGAUUAAUAAUAGUCAAUGCUCUUCAAUUAAAUGAAUUGAGCGCUCUACGAAAUACGUUCUACCCAGAAUACAAGUAUAUACUAUAUACAUAUACUUAUUAUUGACUUAAAAAUACUCUAAUGACAUAAAAAAACUGUUUUAGUCAUGCAAUCAGUCACCUUAAGUUCAUCGGAAGUUUGUUUCGAGGGAGGUCCGCAAUCUUUUAUUAAGUAUUGUGAAAAACGAAUUCAACAAUCGCCAUCACAAUGUUCUGCAUAACAAUCAGUUAUGUGCGGACGUCUCAGGGGUUAGACUUUCCUAAAAUAACUCAGUUUACUGAAAUUCACAGAUCCGGUCAUGUCCAUUUCUGUGCCCUAAGAUUCUCUCGCUGUUCCAUUAUUCUUUCUUGUGUAAGUCAUCGCCUCAAAAGAAUUCCUCAGAACUUACCCACUAAGUUUUUAUUCUGCUCUCUUGUUUGCUUGUUGCAGAUGAAGGCAUAACUAGAGUAGCGGUGAAAACUUUGAAACCAGAUGCUGAUCGCUACGAUUACAAGGACUUAAUGACUGAGCUGACAAUCAUGAAACAGGCGGGAAGCCAUCCGAACAUUGUUAGUCUGUUGGGAGCAUGCUCUAAGGAGGGACCGCUGUACUUAGUGAUGGAGUUCGUUUCCGGCGGGAACCUUUUGGCCUAUCUCAGAAGCAACAGAUGUGAAAACCCACAUUAUAUUAACAUGUCGUCUUCUCUGAAUGAACGACAACUUUUAAAAAUUGCUGAAGAUGUGGCAAAUGGGAUGAAUUAUCUUAGUAGUUUGAACUUGCUUCACCGAGACUUGGCUGCUAGAAAUGUUUUGCUAACGGAAGAAAAAGUAGCCAAAGUCACAGAUUUCGGACUUGCACGUGAUGUACAUACUGAGGGAAUUUACACCAAGACUACUACAUCCGGUCGAUUACCCGUGAAGUGGAUGGCUCCCGAGUCCAUACGGUUCUACAGUUAUACCUCUAAGUCUGACGUGUGGUCGUUUGGAAUACUGUUAUGGGAAAUUAUUACGAUAGGAGAAUGCCCCUACCCAGGUAUCCCAGCACGACUGCUUGCAGGAAAACUGAUGUCUGGAUAUCGCAUGACAAAGCCUUCACAAUGUUCUGAUGAACUCUAUGAAGUCAUGAGAGCUUGUUGGCAACUUGACACAGAAGCAAGGCCCACUUUCGCUGAGUUGGCAAAUAUCUUGCACGGUAUUUUAGCUCGGACAGGACGUGCUUAUGUUAAUUUAGGA